CUCAUACAACGUUCAGUGUUCGUCUACAUUUCAACGCGAACGGACGUGUCAGCGGAGUUAAAACAAUUUGACAAAUAAAUAAAUGACAAUACAUUUAAUAGAAGUUAUGUUAUAGUGAGACAAAAUGAAAGUGAUAAUCUGUGUUGUGCUCCUCGUGUUAGGCGCUGCUGUCAAAGCGCAAGAAGGCGAUGCAAAUCCAGAUUACUUUGCAAAUGACUACGACGCUUUAUACGACUCAUAUGUGGAUACCAGUGAUGAAAACACUGACUUAAAACAAGUAGAUGCUAGUAAGUCAGUGGAAACAGAUGAUGUACAACAGGACCCAGACACACAACCUCUACCAGCAGCUGACGAUGGUGCUGAUCCAGCAGCAGACUCUAACGCCAUACCAGACUAUCAGAUCGAAGACAACAGGUCCAAGGAACAAGUUGAAGACAAUCAAGAGCUACCAGCUGAAGAAGAAAAAGUAGAAGACAAAAGUCUAGAAGAACACAAAGUUCUACCCCUAGGAGCACCUGAACCAGAUAAUGAAGAAUACCCAGACUUUGAGGCUGAUAAUCCUCUAUGGCGCGACGCAGUAGCUGAUAUAGCAGAUGAUGUUGACCCACUACCAGUGCCAGAAGCUGAAAAUGACGAAGAAAUUUUUAAAGAGACUGAAGAUAUUCUAAACAAUGACAAAGAUUCUUUAGAUGAAGAGAAAGUGCCAGAAGAGACAGCCGCUAGUGAAAAAAAUAUAGAUAACAUCAUUGAGGAGACAAACAAACUUUUGGCUGAAAUGAGUGAUGAGUUUGAUAACAAAGAUUUUGAUACUUCUCAAGAACAGGACCAAGAGAAGAGCGAAGAAGACAUUUUCAAUGAAAAGCCUGAAGACUCUGAGGAAGACACACCUGCAAAAGUAUACGCUGACCUCAACGCUGAUUUGGAUAAAUUAAUUGAAACAUUUAAUAAAUUAAGUGAAGAUGUUUCAAAUGAAGAUAAAGAAAACGAAGAUCUUGAUAAGGUUUUGUCAGAAGCUGUUGAUCAAGAACCGGAGGAUCCGAAGCAAGCUGAUGAACCUCUUGAUGCAUUUGUAGCUGAUGAUGAUAUUGCAGCUGAUGAGGAUAUUGAUGCUGAUGAGGAUAUUGAAGCUGAUGAGAAUAUUGUUGAUGAUGAACAGAAAGAUGAUGAGCAGAAAGAUGAUGAACUCUUCAGUGAUGAAUUAGGAGCAGAUGAGAAUAUUGUUUCCACCGAAAACAAAGAUGAUACCGACUAUGUCGAGAUCCAAGACAGCAACCUGUCAGAAAUAUUUGCUGAAAACGAGAAAGAUGAGAAUAAAACUGAGUCAAAGGAAGUCGACGAAAACGUUAAACAAGAGAAAAAUACUACAAUGUCUCCUUCCCCUCAAGAAAUUGAGGAGGAGAAGAAAAUAAUCGACUACGUUGAUAAUUACGAUGAGCUCACUGACACUGAACCAAACGCUGAUGAUGAUAUCGACAGUAUUAUCAAACAGAUAUUCAAUGAAGAUGUCAAAGAGCCACAACCAUACGGAGACGACGGUCUAGUUGAUGAGAAACGAACUGAAAACGCAGAUGCAGUUGUGUUUGAAACAACUACAGCAAGUGUUGAGGAUACUACUGAACAGAAGACGAAGAUGGUCGAUGAUUUGAACAGUGAUGAGCUCGAACAGCUGAGGAUACAGUUCAUCGCUACUCAUCAGGAAGAAUUAGACCCUAAUUCUGAAAGCUUUGCUAAGAAUGUGGCACCUAUCCACAUUACCUUGUCAGUAGAUACACCUACCGUUAUAGAAUCCCCUAACUUCCCUAAUCCCUACGAACCAAACAACAUCGUUGAUUGGAUUCUAGAUGGAUCCGGCCAAGGCAUUGAGCUAAACAUUACCAGCUUAAAUCUCAAUUCUGUUGUGGGCGACUUUCUGCUCAUCAAACCAGGCGGUCUCGAUGCUACUGGUUCUGAUGGGAUUGUAUUCGCGCAUCGUUUGGUAUCAGAACGCAAGUACAGGUUCACUGGCGUGGACCGCCUGUUCAUCAGGUUCCAAUCGAACAACAUUGCCGCAGCAUGGCAGACUGCAACUGGAUUCAGUCUAUCUGUUAAACUGAUGUGGCCUCUCCCAGAACUUGUCGAAGAACUGCCUGAUGCUGAGGCGGUCAUCGAGCCACCACGGGAGACUCUGACCCUGAACCUCGCUGGCCUCACGUUGGCCCAAUUCAAGGUCAUUAAGGAUGACUUCAGGCUAAUGCUAGCGGACAUGGCCAAGGCAUAUAUCAAUGACAACAAUAUUGAACUAGGAUUAAACACCACAUACGAAGUGACGCAGAUCACCAGGGCUGCAAUCUGCAACAUCCAAUGGCCAGACUAUGAGAGCUGUGUGGAGGUGACCUUCGGAGUACCCCUGCAGUAUGAUGACGAGGUCGAGGGGUCGGAGCCGAGGCUGUCCACUAAAGAGCUGGAUGACAUGUGGACUACAUACAUCAUCAAGGAUAAUUUCGCUGAGAGGCUGCGCUCUUUCGGCAUCACGGAGUACGCCAUCCCUGAUGACCAGACGGUGCUGAUGGUAUGGCUGGUGAUCGCCGCUGGAGUCAUCAUCUCCAUGGCCAUGCUCGCCUUCGCGCUGUGGAGGUUCAGCUGCUUCGAGGACUACACCAGGAUGAAGGUAUACGGCGACACGGACAGCGUACAGAACGAGAAGCGGCACCUGGACCUGUACCCCACCCCCCACCAGACGCUCCCGCCGCUCUACUCCGAGACCGACUACAAGUGGGCCGACGACAAGUACGACGACUCUACACGAGUGGACAUGGGAGGUUUCUCCAACAAUAGUUACGUCCGAGACGACCUCUACGAAUACGACUCGGAUGAGGACGUCAUCACACCACGAGACAGGUACACUACAAACGUGUAGCCGGCACAUCCCUAGCGGUAGUGCACUAUGGAAAGGCAUCAUCAGCCCGCGAAAUUACUAUGACGCGUAAACAGUACGUAAGGAUUCCAAAAAUAUAUCGAUAUCGAUGAAUCUAAUGAAUUAAUCGAUAAACCUUUAUGUAAUUGUAAAGGUAACAUAUCAAUUCAUCGACAUCGAUACUCUUCAUGUUAGUCUCAAAGUGAAAUAAAAUUAGAAAUUUUAACAAGUACUGUCUACAGUUUAUUCAAUCAAAUUUGAGUUUUAUUCCGUAGACAUAAGAUUGGCAUUAAAAGUAAAAUUAUAUUUGCGAGAUUUGGCUAGUCGGUGCAGCUACAAUAAUAUAUCUUAUACAAAGCGUAAUAAAAUUCAAAUUUGAUUAACGGUAAUAGUGUUUGUUAAUUUUUCUAAUUUUAAUUCAUAUGCAGAAUAGUUUGAAUUAAAAAUAACGUAGUAGGUACAUAUUAUAUUGUAAGUUUAAAUUGUUGAUUUUAUGUGAUUUUAAAUGAAAUCAAUAAUUUGUGAAUAUUGUCAUUUGAAUAUAAAAAAAGAAUAUUAAAUUACACCAAAUAUCGAGACCAAAUAAUUGCAUUUAACAUGAAAAAAUCAACAACGAACAAAAAAGGUUUAAUAGGUGAGUUCAUUUUCAUUUAAAAUGAAUUAAUGUGAAAUGAACUCAAUUUGUUAUAGUAAAAUGUGAAUAUUCACAAAUUAUAUGUUAUACGCAGAUAUUAUACCGUUGUAUACUUAAUAGAUAUAUAAACAUACUGUAGAUAUUGUAAAGUACAUGAUAUAAAAGUUGUGAUUUUAUUAUUUUUAUAUAAGUAAACAAAUCUUUAACCUCUGUUGUAAAUUAUUUCAUUUUAUAUUUUUUGUUUGCAAUUUUAUUUCACCAAUAAAUAAAUGGUUAUUUUUUAA